AUGGAUGAGCCUGCAAAUCAAAUUGAAGCUACUACAAUAUUUCGCGGCUCCCCGGAGCGCCGUGGCGGACAGUUUGGGAAUCACUGCCCCACAAGGCCGAGUGAAGAACUCAUUCUAAUUUGUUGGAUUGUUAGAUCAACGGAGUAUCAGACAGGAGGACCUUUUGGCGAGUUUCGAAGCCCCGAGAGCACGGCUGCCAGCAGUGACGCGACGUCACGUGGCCUGAGCCAGCGGAGAUUGCACUUGGCCCGUCCCGUCCGAAGCUGGCGCUGCUCCGCGUCUGGUAGGCUCGGGCCGGACGGCCGGCAAUCGGCCCUAGAGCACAGACAGCCCGAGCCAGCGCACCCAGACCCGACCUGGCCUCCACUUGUGCCUGAGACAAAUCGAUGGCUUCGUCGGCAAAUUGGGCAGUCGUGUUCAGAUGAACAUAGACAGGCAUUCGCGUGUCUGUGCACGUUUGUGUGUGGCGCAGUCAGCACACGGGCGCGAGCAGUGAUUGGUCAACUCGCUCUGAUCGACUUGGCUUUGUUCGAGACGGGCUUAGAUCAGCAUAGACUGUGCUGGAUCAGCUGA